GCUGAUCGAAAGCCCGCCCCAAAACGCUAGGAAUCCAACUAGUAAUAACACAAAAGUUGAGGCGCGAAUAUACAAAAGGGUGGUGGAAUUUGGUCAUUUCCUUUCUCGCGCUCUCAGGAAACGGAAACAUAUCGAUCGAAUUCUGUUUGAAUUUUGAUGAGAUGACCACGGAGCUGUUGGAGAUUCAACCUCAAGAACUUAGAAUUAUAUUUGAAUUGAAGAAACAAAGCUCAUGUUCUAUUCGACUGGUCAAUAAGUCUGAUCACCAUGUUGCUUUUAAGGUUAAAACUACAUCUUCAUCAAAAUACUGCGUCAGACCGAAUACUGGAGUUAUUAAGCCAGAUUUAACAUGUGAUUUAAUAGUUACUAUGCAAGCACAAAAAGAAGCACCGCCUGAUUUGAUAUGCAGUGACAAGUUCCUAAUUCAAAGUACAAUUGUACCCGAUGGGGCUACAGAGGAUUAUAUCAUGUCUACCACGUUUGUUAAAGAUGAUGGUAAGCACAUUGAAGAAAAGAGGCUUAAAGUGAUCCUUGUCAGUCCACCCCACUCACCAAUAUUGUCACCAAUGAACAUGAUAUCAAGAAUGAGACCAUAUAACACAGCCACUGAAUCAAAUGAUGAUAUGGUUCAAAACAAUAGCUCUCAUACCAAGGAAGUUCUGGAGGCAAUGAAGAAUGAACAAUCUAUAAACAGGAAGCAUAUAGAAGAAUUGCGAUUACGCAACGACGUGGAAGAGAUAAAGUCAAAACUGAGAGAAUUCGAGUCAAUACUUAAACAGGACAAUCCGAGAACCAAUCAAAACGCAAGGACAAGAGAGGCCGGGUUCCAAUUGCUGUUUGUAGCUGUGGUGGCACUUGUUAGCGUUUACCUUGGAUACUUGUUGCACAGCUGAUGAGCAAGUUUUAGCAGGUUGAGACUGUUGUAGCAUUUAUGAGCUCAGUUGAAUGGGUGCAUAUGAGUAUAUGACCAGGUUAGUUAGUUAGUGUGUAUAUGUUUUGACUUCUUGUUCAGAUAUAACCACACACAAGGCUAGUUAUGAUAUAAAGACUUUAACCAUUGCAAUGCUCGGCUCGGCUCUUAUGUGGAUUUUGAUAGAAAUCUAAGAAGGGAACCACAAUUUGUGA